AUGGGUGAUGAAGGCAACGAGGAAGAGAAUAAUGAAGAGCCCACAAAUGAUGAUGCUCAAGACUUUUAUGAUUUGUUAACUGCUGCAAACAAACCCUUAUAUGAGGGGGCUUCUGAUUCAAAACUUUCAAUAUGCGUGAAACUUUUAGCUUGCAAAUCAAAUUGGAAUGUUCCGCAGAAAUGUCUUGAUUUCUUUGCAACCAUGCUUGUAGAUGUGUGUCCUUUUAAGGAUUCACUUCCAAAAAAUUUUUACCAAGCGAAAAAACUGGUGACAAUGCUAGGAUUGAAGUCUGAGAAAAUUGAUUGUUGUGUUAAAGGGUGCAUGUUGUACUACAAAGAGAAUAGUGCAGAUAUAGAGUGUAGGUUUUGUCAUGAACCCCGAUAUGUUCCUCGUAAGCCUGGGAUAGGUAACCACAAAGACAUUCCAGUUAAGAGGAUGUUCUAUAUGCCAAUCACUCCUAGGUUAAAAAGAUUGUAUGCAUCAACGGAAACUGCUGCCCAAAUGAGAUGGCAUCAACAUAAUAGAUCAAGUUCAGGCAUUUUACGUCAUCCAUCUGAUGGGGAAGCUUGGAAUCAUUUUGAUGCAAGGUAUCCAGACUUCGCAAAUGAACCAAGAAAUGUAAGGCUUGGGUUAUGUUCUGAUGGCUUCAUGCCAUACAUUCAGGCAUCUUUAUCCCCAUAUUCUUGUUGGCCUGUUGUUGUGACCCCGUAUAAUCUCCCGCCCGAAAUGUGCAUGACUAAACCAUUCAUGUUUUUGACUUGUCUCAUACCUGGACCAUCUAACCCAAAAGCAAACAUUGAUGUGUAUUUACAACCAUUAAUAGACGAGCUUCAACAAUUGUGGAGUGAAGGGGCUUUGACUUAUGAUAUUUCCAUGAAACAAAACUUUGUAAUGAGGGCAACCUUAAUGUGGACAAUUAACGAUUUUCCUGCUUAUGGCAUGUUAUCUGGAUGGAGUACCCAAGGUAAGUUGGCAUGUCCGGUGUGUAUGGAUGGAAAUAAGGCUUUUACUUUAAAAUACGGUGGAAAAAAUUCAUGGUUUGAUUGUCACCGUCGUUUCUUACCUCAUAAUCAUGCAUUUAGAAGAAGUAAAAAAGGGUUCACUAAAAAUAGGGUUGUGAAGGAUGAACCUCCUCCAAUAUUGAAUGGUGAAGAAAACGAGACUAAGGACGAUGAAAAAGCACGAAUGGACUUGGCCAUCAUUUGCCAACGUAGCGACCUGGAGUUGGUUCCACAUAACAAUGGAAAAAUGAAAAAACCUAAGGCAAAUUAUUGUCUUACGUCUAGUGAGGCAAAGAAAGUUUGUAAAUGGAUAAAGGAGCUUAAGAUGCCAGAUGGGUAUGCUUCUAACUUGGCAAGAUGUGCAGAUGUUAAUAGAGGACAAAUGAAUGGGAUGAAAAGCCACGAUUGUCAUGUAUUUAUGGAGUGUUUGCUUCCAUUUGCAUUUAGUUCAUUGCCUGACCAUGCGUGGAAACCAUUAACAGAAUUAAGUCAAUUCUUUAAGGGCUUUUGCAGCAAUACCUUAAGACAUGAUGAGUUGGUCAAAUUGGGUGAAAAUAUUCCAUUCAUCAUAUGCAAACUUGAAAGAAUCUUUCCACCAGGAUUCUUUGAUUCAAUGGAGCAUCUUCCAAUUCACCUCCCGUAUGAGGCAAAACUUGGUGGUCUAGUUCAAUAUCGAUGGAUGUAUCCAUUUGAAAGAAUGAUGGGUGAUUUUAAGCGCACAGUGAAAAACAAGGCUAGAGUGGAAGGCUCAAUAUGUAUGUCAUACUUACAUCGAGAGACAACAUAUUUUUGUUCCCACUAUUUCAAAACAAUCUCUUUGUUUAAUAGAAGCCAACGUAAUGAAGGUGCAAAAUUAAAUGAUGUUGUCACAACAACACUGUCAAUUAGCAAUCAAUUAGGACGUCCUAGUGGGAAGGCCCAAACACAUUGGUUGAGUGAUGCUGAAAGAAGGUCUGCUCAUGUACACAUCCUCAUCAAUAGCAACGAGGUCAAGCCAUAUAUUGACGCCUUUUUGCACUCUAAUUCCAUUCUUGAAGAAGAUCCUAUAUCUCAAACUCGUAUACAUGGAGAAUUCCCAGAAUGGUUUAGUGCGUCUGCCAUUGACAAGGAAAAUGGCGUGACUGACCCUAACUUGUUAUCAUUAGCUUGGGGUCCUAACUCAAUGGUUAAAACUUGGCACAAGUAUUACAUUAAUGGGUACAAAUUUCACACAAAAGCUUGGUCUCAGGGUAAGAAAACCAUAAAUAGUGGAGUUUAUGUGAAAGGGGUUACUGGAGGAGGGGAAGAUGAUUUCUAUGGAGUCAUCCAACAUAUCUUCGAGUUGGAGUAUUACAAAUUGCCUCACAAAGUAGCCUUGUUUUAUUGCCAAUGGUUUGAUCCUAGACGAAAUAGAGGAACCAAAGUUCAUCCGCAAUAUGAUAUUGUAGAUAUCAAGAUGAAUCGAAAAUAUGAUCUCUAUGAUCCCUUCAUAAUUGCACAAAAAGCUAGACAAGUGUAUUAUGGUAAGAAAACCAUAAAUAGUGGAGUUUAUGUGAAAGGGGUUACUGGAGGAGGGGAAGAUGAUUUCUAUGGAGUCAUCCAACAUAUCUUCGAGUUGGAGUAUUACAAAUUUCCUUACAAAGUAGCCUUGUUUUAUUGCCAAUGGUUUGAUCCUAGACGGGACAGAGGAACUAAAGUUCAUCCAUAA